GAAAGUUUUUCUAAGAAUAAGAAUACUGAAAAAGAUAUGGGAAAGUUUAAAGGGUUACUUUGUGGAGUAGGAAAGAAAAAGAAGCAAAAGGAAGAAGUGCCAUAUAUAGAAGAAGAAAGAAAAUCUGAUGACAAUUGUUCCAAUCUCAAUAAAGAUUGCAAAGAUAAAGAACAAGGUGAUGAUAAACAAGCCAGCAAGAUAUUUAAUAUCAGUAUCAAUGCUGGUAGUGUUUCUAUAGCAGGAGGGAUAAUUAGGGAAAAGGAGGAACAUAGCGACAGUGUAUUUGAAAGUGGUAGUAAUUCUGCAGUUGUGAAAGAGCAGCUACUUACAGUUUAUACUCCAGUAAAUGAAACUGAGAAUGGACUUAUUGUAACUUCCAGUCAAGAUUCUGGUAUAGGUAGUAAUUCUGCAGUUGUGAAAGAGCAGCUACUUACAGUUUAUACUCCAGUAAAUGAAACUGAGAAUGGACUUAUUGUAACUUCCAGUCAAGAUUCUGGUAUAGGGUCAGAAGAAGUCUUUCCGACAACAAGUAAAGACUCAGUGAAGGAUAUACAUGCAUGUAAAUCAGAAAUAAAACAAAUAGAUGAAAUUCAAGAUUUACCAAAGACUUUUGAAAAUAAUAAAUUGGAGGAUUCUAUAUACGAGGAAGAUAAAGGAGAUGAAAUAAGCUCUAUAAACCAUGGAAUGACUGAUGAUUUUCAAGAUAUUAAAGCAGAAGCUCAGCGAUCAGAAGAAACAGAAACAGCGAUAAAAAGGAGUGUUAACAGUCUAGCUGAAACAGUGGAAGAAGAUGGGUCUUCAUUGAGUACAACAAAUUGUAACAAUGUUGACAAGCUCGCCCAAUUCAGCAAUGUAAGUAGAAGGCUAAGUAGUUCUGGCAGUUUACCAGAAGAAAACUCAAAUUCAGACUGUCAACUGCUUGGUAGCUAUGGUGGACAAGACAACCUGUCUGCUUUAUCAGGAAGGGGUACCAUUGAGGAUAGAAGUCAAAAUUUAGAACCUGGCCAGAGUGGUGGAGUAAGUGAUCACAGGAACCAAGAUCAAUGUUCUUCUCAAUCUGUCAAUAGUGUACUUAGUAGGGCAGCUAAUGAAGACACAGACCAAGCUACUCAAGAGGAAAAUAGAUCAGGGGAAGAUGAUGUAGACCCGGAUGCAGAGGUUUACAAUACAGCCACUAUAAGUGAACAAAAAGAUGAAAGCACUGAGAAGAAAGGAGUAGAUGGAGGUUUUGUAUCAGAUGUUAUCAAAGAGAUCAGCGAUUUUGGAAAAGACAGCAUGGGUAAAAACUUUGGGAUUGCUAUGACACCUGAGAGCAACAAUGAAGUCAAGAUAAAAAUGGGACAUGAAAUAGGUAACACAGGAAGAAGUGUUGCCAAAGAUAUGGCAAACGUUGCAAUUCAGGGUUUUCGAGCAUAAACAUAAUAUUAUAUGGUGAUUUAUUAUCAAAAGUAAUAAGUUCUAUUAACUUUUGGUAUAAUAUUGUGUUUAUUCUCAUAAAAGAUAUAUCUGUUAGUGGUGAUACAAAUGUAGCAAAAAGCUGUUUCAAAGAAUAUGAAUUAACACAAAACCAUAAAUCUGUUUUACUUAGCAUGUUGAAUAAUUCUGUUUUACCAACAUUUCAUUAGUUUACUACCAAAAUUUGUUACAAUCUGUUUAUUGCGUUUAAUAUGAACUUGUAGUAGAGUAAAAUUUUCUGAUAAUGUCCAUUUCUGUACCUAUUAAUGAUCAUUGAUGUUUGCUAUACACUUGAUUAACAUCCAAACAUCCCUUUUACACCUGUUGGAUGGCCAAAUGUCUGUCUCUAUCUAAAAAACUCUAAUAUAAAUUCAUAUUUCCCUCCCUUCAUAUCAGUUGACAGAACUUACCUUUUUUAUUAAUUGUUAAUGUAUGUCAUUAUGUUGCAAUAGAAAUCCCUGCUUUUAAUGAGGUUUCAUCCUGAUUUACUGAUUUUGGAAGUUUUACAAAUGUUAUAUUUUUGGAUUUGAUGUGUACUUAGAAUUUGUACUUACUACCAUUCUGAAGAGUUAAGCCCUGUCUCGCCUGGGAUGAAAGUUGUAGUAUGUAUUACUAUCCUGUGGCGGUGGCGGCGGCUUAAACUAUUUGUAUUAAGCUUAAUAUUUCAGAAGGUAGAAGACCUGGAUGCUUCAUAUCUUGUAUGCAGAUACCAUUUGUUACAAAGUUUCUGUCUGUCAUAUGUUCAUUGUCCUUGACUUUUCAUGGUUCAGCAACUGCUUGUAAAAACAUUUUUUGGUCAUGUGAAUUUCUCACUUAUUAUGAGUAAUAGGAUAACCAUAUUUGGUAAAUGGGUUCCUUGCAACAUCUAUAUGUCCGUCAGGCAGGGUUAACCUGACCUCGACCUCAAUUCAUGGAUCAGUGAUCAAGGUUAAAGUUACAUGAUUAAGUCCAUUUUUCAGAUACUACAAGCAGCAGGUCAACUACGGUAUAUGUGGUGUAUGGAAUGAUUGUAAGGGAGCUACCAUUUGAUUUUUAUGGGGGGCUAGGAUGAAAUUUGAAAAAAAAGGCAGGACAGGAGUUUUGAGUAAAAAAAAAAGGCAGGAUGAGCAACUUGGAAAAAAAAAAGGCAGGAUGACAAUUUAUGUAAAAAAAGGCAGUAUAAACUAAUAAAAAAAAAAGGCAGGACAGAAUAGAGUGAAAAAUAAAAAGGCAGGACAGAGAUUACAACUAAAAAAAAAUGCAGGACAAAAUUUUUCAUCCUAGCCCCCCCCCCCCCCGCAUAAAAAUCAAAUGGUAGCUCCCUAAGAGAUACAUGUCUGUCUAGCUGGUGUCAUCUGACCUUGACCUCAUUUUAAUGGUUCUUUGGUCUUUGUUAAUUUUUUGUGUUUUUGGUCUGUUUUUAAAGUACUAUAAGCAAUAGGUCAACUAGAUUUGGUGUAUGGAAUGAUUGUAAGGUGUGCAUGUCUGUAAGGCAGGUAUCAUCUGACCUUGACCUUAUUUUCAUGGUUCAUUGGUCAAUGUUAAGUUUUUGUGUUUUUGUCUGUUUUUCAAUUACCAUACACAAUACACGUUUUUUUGUUUUUUUGGUGGAGUUCAUGUUGCUCAGUCUUUUGUUUUCUUUGUACUGUUUUGUUUGUUAUUGUUUGUCUGUUUGUCGUAUUUUGUUUAUUGCAAUGGCAUUGUCAGUUCAUUUUGACCUUUAAAUUUGAAUAUGUCUUUGGCUGUAUCUUCUGCUUAUGUUUUGCAGUUUGGCAUAAUUGUUUUUGUUUAAUUUCAUAAGCUUAAAUCAAGCUUUCAGUUUUGGCUUUCAAAUAGUUUCACAUUUAGUCAACCUAGCCAUUUCUUGGGUCAAUCACAGCUUACUUUUUUGAAGGUUGUGCUGUGACCUCUAGUUGUUUACAUCUUUGUCCUAAAUUUGUCAUAGGUGGAUAGUUGUCAAUCAUACCACAUCUCGUUUUUUUUAGACCAUUUAAAGGGAAAAUGGUAUCCAAAGAGAUAGUUUGCUAGAAGAUGCCUUAUUAAGAGAUGUUAAAGUGUAGGGCAAUCAUUUUUGGUAAGGAUCAUUACAAAUUGUAUCAAAAACUUUUGUAAAAUGGCCAUAGUUGGUAAACAUGUCAACUUUCAACACACUCAUCAGAUUGACAUAAAAAAUUUCAUUUCUGUAUUAAAUUAUCUAUAUAUAUUAAACCUAUUUAUUUAUCAACUGAACAAAGAUUAAUUGAAAGGAUCAAAGAAUUUUACUAGUUUUGCAAUUUCAGGGUCCAAAUAAUGACUCUUAUCAUACCCCUUUUAUUUCAGUAUAUUAUAUAUAAUAUUUUUAAGUUGGUUUAUCUGUUGUUCAAUGAAUAUAGUAAAAAACUAAUGCAUUAAUUAAAUAUUUGAAGAAAAAAAAAUCUCAAUGGCAUUAUAUUGAAAUGACUGAUUGUUUGAAUUUGUACAUUAAAUUAAUUCAUGCCUUUUUUUGCAAACAUUGUUUGUCACAAUAUACAGUUUAAAGUCAGAAAAAUUACUUCCCUGUUUGGCUAAAGUUUGUUUUGUAUUUAAGCAGUGGAACUAGAAAAUAAACUGAAAUAGUAAACAACAUUUAACAUUUGAGGUAAGAAAAAAAGAUAAUAAAAUGUAUUUUAAAAUAUCAGCUACAGCUUAUAAUUUAUGAACUUGUAAAAAUGAUGAGUUUGUAAUAUUUUUUAAAAUAUAGAUCGCUUAUUUUUUCAAUUGCUGUAAAAAAUUACAAGAUUAAGAAAAUAAUGAUACAUUGAAAAAUGACUAUUGAAAUACAUCAUUUGAAAAAUAAACUAUUUCAUUAAUCAUUACUGAUAUCUUUUAGGCACUGGCUAUGGUUACAUUGUAAUGUAACAAUAAUAAAAAUGCUUAUUUUUUAUUAAAAAUGAUUUUUUAGCAAACUUGGCAGUACUAUAGAAAGCGGAAUAACUCUUUGACUUUAUAUUGGAGAAAUGCUAAUUAAAUUGGAGUAUUGUUAUUCAACAUUAUUGCCUUUUUUUUUUAGUUGUAAUCUCUGUCCUGCCUUUUUAUUUUUCACUCUAUUCGGUCCUGCCUUAUUUUUUUAGUUUAUCCUGACUUUUUUUACUUAAAUUGUCAUCUUUCCUUUUUUUUUGCAAAGUGUCUCAUCCUGCCUUUUUUUUACUCAAAACUCCUGUCCUGCCUAUUUUUUUCAAAUUUCAUCCUAGCCCCACCCCCCCCCCCCCCCCCCCCAUAGUAAUCAAAUGGUAGCUCCCUUAUAAACAUAUAUGUUGUUUAUAAAUAUGAUUUAUUGAUUUAAUUAUACAUGUUUAUCAUUUUGUUGAUUCUUCGUCAUUUUAAUAUUAAAUUACAGUUUUCAAUUCAUACAUAA